AUGGCACCCCCUGAAGCUAAUGCCGCCUCGCCAGACACCCCAGACAGGCUCUGCAAUACCUGCAAGAAGCCCGAGGAUCCCGCUGCGCCUUUGAAGCGCUGCGGAAAGUGCAAAUCUGCCUGGUACUGCACCCGUGAAUGCCAGACAAAGAAUUGGAAGACGCACAAAAAGCUCUGCGCGCAGACCGCACAAGCUGCAGCGAACCAAUCCACAGCAACCCCAGGGGCAGAGCCACGAGCUCGAGCCACAUGGCAGAAGCUAUCCUCCGCCUCCGGCGCCGGUGACGCCGAGGACCAUGUCGAACCGGGGCAGUCCGUCGCCCUGGACACCGUCAUCUCGAAGCCCUUCCACAAGCUUCAUGACAAGACAUGGCUGCACGGCCGGACCGAGAGGGACGUCUACAAGCUCUUGAUCGACACCUACCGUCUCCGUCUCGACGACGACUACACCUUCUCGGGGAUCCUGCAGACAGGCAGUAUCUACAGCGGAGCGACGGACGGGGGCGUGGGUGGUUUCUCGCGCUUCUUGGCCCGCGUUGAACAGAAGCCCGGCUUGCUUCCGGAGUGGUGGUCGAAAGCGAAGGCGGCGGAAUGUCUUGCGCUGGGCAAGAGCUCUAAGGACUGGGGCUUACAGUUUGCGGUUGAGAAGCACGACAUCGUCGAUUUGUACAAGAACCCGACUAUGCCGAUGCAGCUGCGGAUGUUCGGGGAGCAGGUGUAUGGGACUGGGCCAGGUGGGCAGAAUGGGGGCCCUAUGAUGCAGAUGCAAAUGGCCGUGGAGAGGCAGGAUUAUUGUCAAGCGACGAAUAUUGACCUUCGCGGAUAG